AUGCAGCUGCUCUCUUUAUCGGCCAUAACGCUUCUCGCCUCUUUUGUCGCUGCUACUUCCGAAGUCAUUACUGGACAGUGGACUUGUGUCGAUGCCGGCGCAUAUCAGCUCUGCCAAAAUCUAUGGGGCGAAGAUAAUGGAGUGGGUUCCCAGAAUGCCACUUUGUACAGCGCCACUGGCGACUCGAUCUCUUGGUCCACCACCUACACUUGGGCCGACGGCCCUUACGAUGUGAAGAGCUACAGCAAUGUCAACCAGCUCUCCGCUACAGGCAUGCUAUUGUCCGAAAUAACGUCCGCCCCCACCGCCUGGCAAUGGGAAUACGAGGCUAUCUCCUCAAGCACUGUCGCUGACGUCUCCUACGAUAUAUGGGUAGGGACCAGUCCUGACGACCCGGGUACGGACACGUCCACAUUCGAGAUAGGGCGGGUGAGCAUUCUUUCCCUGUUCGGAUAUCCGAUGUCAGGUAGACGUUUGGAUUUCGACAGCGCCGGGCCUCUCGGAUCCGAAAUCGCAUCCGACAUUUCGGUCGGCGGCUAUUCGUGGAACCUCUAUUCCGGCUUCAACACGUACUGGACCACCGUCUCGUUCGUCACGAACCAGGGCAACAUCUAUGACUUUAGCUCGGACUUGAAGGAUUUCUUCGGUAAGCCAUCCAUACCCGUGUUGUCUCCUGUUUCAUUAUCCAAUCCACUCCUUUACCGCCCAGUCUACCUCAACGAGAAUUCGAACGUUUCUCUUUCGAACUACCUCCAGUCGGUCGAAUCCGGUACGGAGCCAUUCUUGGGAACGGCGACGCUCUACACGGAGAGCUUCAGUGUCACAGUCAAUACCUGA